CCCUCCCUCCCGGGGCUGGACCCAGGCUGCGGGCAGCCGAGCGCUGGGGGCGGGGCCCGCCUGCCGGAAAUCCCGCCCCAGAAGCAGCGCCGCCGUAGUUAUGGCGGCGCCCGGGCGGCGGUGGCCGGUGCGGCUGCUCCUUGCGCUGCGGCCGCUGCCCGUGCACCGGUCCUUGCACGCCGCGGCCCCGCCGCGGGACGUGCUGCUCUUCGAGCACGAACGGGGCCGCUUCUUCGCGGUCCUCGGGCUGUUCUGCGCGGGCCAGGGCGUCUUCUGGGCCUCCCUGGCCGUGGCAGCUUUGGCCCGACCCCCGGCCCGGGCGCUGUCUCCAGACGCGGAGUUCCCGGACCGCGGCCGCUCGGACCUGCGCUCCACGCUCUGGCGCUACGGCCUGGCGCUCGGCUGCGGCGCCAUCGGUACCCUGGUACUUGGUGCCGGUCUCCUCUUCUCCCUCCGUUCUGUGCGUUCAGUGAUGCUAUUGGCUGGAGGAAAGCAGGUGACCCUCACCACUCACGCUCCCUUUGGCUUGGGUGCCCAUUUCACCGUUCCUUUGAACCACGUAUCCUGCAUGGCCCACCGUGGUGAAGUCCCUGCCAUGUUGCCUCUGAAGAUCAAAGGCCGGCGCUUCUACUUCCUCUUGGACAAAGCUGGACACUUCCCCAACACGAAACUCUUUGACAACACUGUGGGUGCCUACCGCAGCUUGUGAAGAGACCACCGCGGAUGGCUCACCCCUCCCAGAGGGGAAUAAAAACCGGACCUCGGGGAUGGGGGUCACCCAAGGGGGCCCAGGGUUCCUUAACAGCAAAUAAAAGAGCAGUCAUCCCAAAGGCAGCCGACAGUACCUCUGAAUUUUGGUUCCAUGUGUGUUUGGCUUUCGCUCCUGUCCUCCGAUCCACCUGCCUACAGUGCUUUCAACACCAAGAACUCAGUACCAAGAUGAAGGAAAAAAGUAAUCUAAUAUUUUGGUACAAAAACAGCUGUAGGAAGAGAGGUGGAGGGAGCCCAUUGUCACGUUUCCCUCGUGGAGGGAAAAACAGGCUCCCAGUAUAAACAGGGCCACGUGGGGGCAAGAGGACUGUAGGCACGUGGGCAUGGAGU